AUGUUCCGCACUUCUGAAGGGACAGUAGCAGAAGGAGUUCGUAAGGCCGCUGAAGUCCUCCGUCCCGCGCAGUUUUGCUUAGGAGAUGAAAACGCCGAUCGCAUCGAUGGCGCUACGUACGGGGGUGGAAUCAUGGCGUUGGGAAAACCCGACACCGUCACCUUCGCAAAUCUUCAGCUCUUCAGCUUCGGCCCAAACAUCGCUCAGGCCAAGGUUGCGGAAAACUCGAUAUCCGAAGAGAGGAAUAAACCAGGUGCGACGACAAAGAAGAAAGGAACUGAAAAUUUAGACUCUGCCGAUCGCGGCUUGACGGCAGAUCUGGUGUUUCACCGCGUUGCCUUCGAGCAUUUCGGCUCCAUGAUGCCCACCUUUGUCCACUCGAACCUGACAAUUGCUAGUGGGUCGUUUGUAGCCUCUGCGGCUGCUUCCCGCGGCGGCAAGUCCACAAUUAAUUUAUCGCUGGAACCAUUCGACGAGCCAAUCUCGGGGACCAUCCUCUUAGGGUGA